ACUCUUAUUUUUCCAUUUAUGCAUAAUAUUAACUUGAUACUUUAAGGCAUCCUCCUCACUUAAUAAUACAGCAUCAGCAGGCAUUUCAGAUCGUUUAGCUCUAAAUAAUGCCAUUUUUUAUAAAUUUAUCCAAAAGAGACCGCAAUUAAAAACGUUUACCGGAAAUUUUUUUAUAGGUUAUGAAAUGUGAGAAAUGACAACUCUAAAUGUCAUUUUCUAACCUCACUUUCAAAUUGAUUUAAUUUCUAAGAUUAAAAUGGAUAAGAAAUUUGAAAAGAUAGAAUCUGAUGUUCCACAGUGUAAACACUUUGUAGUGCGAAAAAAAAGAUUUUGUAAAAUGACGGUAAAAGCGGGAAAUGAGUAUUGUGGGGAACAUAUGCCUCAAGUUUUAGAAAAUAACAAAGACGAGGAUGCAUUAAGAGUUACAUGUCCGUUAGAUCCGAAACAUACAUGCUAUGCCAGCAAGUUGGCCAAACAUUUAAAGAUAUGUAACGCUCGGAAGGAAUAUAACGAAAAGUAUAUUUUAAAAGGGGUUAACGCGGGAGAAUUAAUUCCAGAUUUAAAUAACACAUCAAUUAUUAAACAACAAUCUUUAGAUAAUUACACAAUUGAAGAAAUUAAAGGAACAAUAAACAAAAUCAUUAAUUUAUACGAGAAUGACUUAAAACUAUCAAUAACCGAUAAAUUCUUAACACACCCAUUACUAGAAGAAGAAAUAUCUAAACCAGAGUACGGUGAUAAAACUAAAAAACAUCUUCAUCAAACCUCUUCAAUUUUGGGGUACUUAAAAGAAUUUAAUUUAAUCCAACCUGAUACAGCUUUUAUUGAAUUUGGAGCUGGAAAAGGUAAAUUAAGCUUUUGGUUGGCUAAUGCUUUAGAGAAAGUUCCAAAUACAAAAGUUUUAUUGGUGGAAAGAGCUUCACCGAGACACAAAAUGGAUAAUAAAUUUGAUAAAUCAACUGGUGUUACUUAUCGAAUAAGAGCUGAUAUCGCCGAUUUAGUUCUAAGUAAAGUUGAUGCAUUAAAUAACUCAAAACAAGUCGUUGGAAUUACAAAACAUUUAUGUGGGGAUGCCACAGAUUUAGCAUUACGAUGUUUAAAGAAGUAUCAGGAUGAUGGUAAAAUAACAUUGGGAUUAUGUAUGGCCUUUUGUUGUCAUCACAGAUGUAGUUGGACCCCUUAUACCGGAAAAGAAUUUUUUAAAGAACACGAUUUAAAUGAAACCGAUUUUGAUAUUAUGAGAGGAAUGGUGAGUUGGAGUACUUGCGGCACUGGGUUUAGCCGCGUUAAAAAUCGCGAGGUUAACAAUGAAUUUUAUAUGACAAGCUUGGAAACUGUUGGUGAAAGAGAUAAAGAGUUGGGUUUAAGUAGGCACGAAAAAGAAAUUAUCGGGAAAAAAUGUAAAAUUAUUUUAAAUUAUGGACGAAUGAGUUAUAUGGACAAAUUAGGUUUUAAUUGUAAAUUGCAUUAUUAUGUAAGUCCAAAUGUUUCGUUGGAAAAUUUGUGUAUUGUUGGUUUUAAAGGAAAUAAAAAUUAAUUAAUAAUGUGAA